CCCCUUCUUUUCCCAAACGCAAACAAACAACGCCCGUUCUCCACAACAAGCGACUCUCUCUCUCUCUCCUCCAACUAAAAUCCCAAGCCUCCCAAGUCUCUCCGACCAUGGCUCCCCGGGAGAGGCCCAACGCCGUCACCGUCGCCGUCAGCCCCAGGCCCCAGGGCGGCGCCAAGGAGAUCCGCUUCCGCGGCGUCAGGAAGCGGCCGUGGGGCCGCUACGCCGCCGAGAUCCGCGACCCAGGCAAGAAGACCCGCGUCUGGCUCGGCACCUUCGACACCGCCGAGGAGGCCGCCCGCGCCUACGACACGGCGGCGCGUGAGUUCCGCGGCGCCAAGGCCAAGACCAACUUCCCCACCGCCGACGAGCUCGUCGUCGCCGUCGCCGCCGCCGCCCGCAGCCCCAGCCAGAGCAGCACCGUCGACAACGCCUCCCCUCCGCCGCCCCCGGCGCCGCCGGCGCUGGACCUCAGCCUCGGCGGCUUCCCCUUCGCCGCCGCGUACGCCGCCCCGGCCGCGUGCUUCCCCGUCGUCCCGGUGGCGCGCCCGGUGUUCUUCUUCGACGUCUUCGCCCGUGGCGGGCAGGUCGGGGACAGCUUCCCCAGGGAUUGUAAACCACUCCGCCCCGCGGUGAGCGAGUUUUUCCCGACGGUCGGGAGCGGUGGGGUGAAGAGCGAGUCCGAUUCGUCGUCCGUCGUGGACUCCGACGUGACCCCUCGCAGCAGAUCGUUCCUCGAUCUCGACCUCAACCAGCCUCCGCCGGCCGAGGCGGCUUGAGAUUUUCUUUUUUUUUUUCCUCCCGGAGGGACCGUCUUGAUCGGCGGCGGAUUUGCGAAUUUUUCGGUGGCGAUUCCUGUUUUCUGUGGUUCGAAGUCGAAGACGGAAAGCGGAUCUUCCAUGUAGAGAGAGAAAAUAGCCUGACAAUUAAUUUUCGGUUCGGCGGUUGACGGUGACGCCAAAAUUAGCUGAUGACGACAACGAUGACUUAGAUAUGUAUAUAAGUGAUUAAAUAUAACUCCAGUUUUUUAGCAACUGGGAAAUCCUCAAGCGUUUCUCAAAUUGUUGUUUCAUUUAUGUCCUUUUUUUUUUUUUUGGGUCCCUGUAAUACAUAUUUCGGAUAUUGGAAAUGUCGAGAUCUAGUCUUCUAUGCAAUUUUGCUUGCUUUGA